AUGCUGCCAUUCGUUUAUCUCUUUUUGUUCUCUAAUGUUGUCUUCGGUUCACUGCAAGUUGGUCGAUUCGAGGGGUUCGUGCGGUGGAAAAAGGAUCUGUUGACCCCCAGAAACGAAUCCCCCUGCUCCUGCUUGGAUACCUCCAUUAUUGAGUGGACCGCAAACAACUCCUUUUCGGAUGCGGCAUUAUCGGAGCAGACCCCGGCAGGCUACAUCCAGACACUUGCAAAUGGGCAGUCGUGGACCUCAGGAGACGGGUUUCUCGGAUACACGACGAUCGACGAAUACAACAGCGACAUCUGCGCCACAAUAUGUGACUUCCUCCCAGAAUGCUCAUCGUUCAAUAUCUAUUUUGAAAAUCAGCUUGAAACCUCCGAACCCACAAUCAAGUGUGCCUUCUGGGCCGGCGCAAUACAAAUCAAUGCGACAGCUGCAGCAACGGCUGCAAUUGCAGGUUGCAACGGCUACACCAGCAUAAGCUUGACGGUCCCUGAAGGCUUUGAUAGCCUGUCCUAUGUCGGCGGAGCGGCGAUCCGUCCACCACCAGACUCUGCGGCAUUCAUUGGGUCCAAGACAUUUAAGGGAUCAUUCGAGGCAUCGCGGUGUGCCACCGAAUGUCGAUCCUGUGGGUGUGGUUUUUUUAACACCUAUAUUGUCUCCCUGAAUGGUGUCCGCCACGGUCAAUACUGCGAUAUGUAUUCUGAUACACUUGGAAUGGAGUUCGCAACCGAGACUGGAAGCUUCGACGGCAAGACGAAUUACACGAUCUCUAGAAGUUUUGUUUGUGCAAGGGCCGGAGGUGGGCGCAGUGACAGGAAAUCAAGCACUGUUUCUUCUCUUACACAGACGGCUUCUAUCGGUUUUGUUGGAAGCCGUGGCUUCUGGGAACAGCAUCACCCAUGGCACGGAUGCGGGUCAAAGAUCACCAGCUCAACUAUUGCCUCUGCCAUACUGCCGGAAAGCUCCACACUUUUGGACUCAACUUUGAGCAGCUCCUCAGCUUCAACGGCGACAAGGCUUGGGGUCGGCACUCCAACCACAGGAAGUUCCAGUACCAGCUCGACAGCUUUCGUGACAACGCCUGGUUCUCUGGCAAUCGUGCCCCGUACCUCCAGUCAUGACAAUCCCAGUUGGAAGGCCUCUCAGUCCCCCUCGGCAUCUUUUGCAGGAACUCUCUCCGUCUCCACAACCAUGUCGCGGCCUACGGGGUCCCUGUCGGACUCCUCGACGAGCUUCACUUCAAUGACAGAUUCUUGCAAAGCCACCUCUUCCUGGUCGUGUGGAUCUUCGCUUGAUGGAUCAACCCCGUUCGAUGAGGAGCAUUCUGGCUGGCAGGACUGGAGUUUGUCGGCGACCAGAUCAUCUAUCUCGAAGAGCAUCCCGGCUGCCAACCAUGUCGAGCCAACUCCUGCAUGGCCUUCAACCAGCGCUACAACAGCUACAGGUACCACCACCACCACCAGCCCGCCCCCGAGUGGCUCCCGAUUGGCAAACCAUUAUUCUGAGUGGCUUGAUUGGCAGCUGUCCAGCACCAACACCAGCACCAACACCAGCACCAACACCAGCACCAACACCAGCACCAGCAAGAAACAAGAAUCGAUCCACACCAGUACGACAAGCCAUGACUGGAAGUAUUGGGUGGCGAGCAGUGUCUAUACUUCGUCCACGUUGGUGCUUCUCAGGUCGGGUACAAAGACAACGGCAUCAACCACUACUUCGCGAAACCAUGGCCCUGCCUCCUCUCCUCAUGCAAGCGGAUGGGAAGAUUGGGUAAGCGAUGCCGGCAAAUGUAGCGUCGGGAACCACCUCAGGCGACUCAUGCAGCGGAUCACAUUCACAUCCAUCGGGGGAUUGGCAAGAUUGGAAUGGAACCUGGCCUAUCUGUUCUACCUCUACCUCUAUCUCUGGCUCUACCUCCAUCGCAAAGGUUCCCACAAAUUUCUCACCCAUGCCACUGAGCUUUUUGUUGUCAACGAUUACUACGACCACCACAACACUGUCGUCAACACCGAGGACAACACCAUCGACAACAUCCACAACAGCCAUUAUGCUAGCCACGACCCCGUCCCCGUCAGCUGCAACGACGACUUCGACCAGUUCCAGCAUCACAAUCUCAUCUUCGACACCAGAGGUCUCGUCUCAAACUCAUUCUCCUCCCAUUUCCUCAUUGUCAAGGUAUCCAUAUAG